CUCUAACCGAUUGUGGCCGUGAUCAUUGCAGGUUGUGUGUGUGGAAGGUGAUGAGGGUUGUAACAGAGAUCGAUCGACUGUAGUCAGGCAGUACAUCAGAGAUGUGUUCUAUCCGGUGUUCAACAGGCAUGGCGCCACCGUGGCGGAGGCAUGUCCGCUCAACCCACGGCGCGACCUGUUUGCUUUUCACGAAUCACAGAAACUCAAGCUGAGCAACAACGAGUGGUCGUGCUUGAUGUGCGGAAAGUCGUUCUAUUCCGAGCAUUAUCUCGACCAGCACAUGCACAACCGACACACGGACACACAGCAAUAUCAAGCGGACUCGGUGUGUCUGGCGGAUUACUGUGACGUGAUGCGCUGUGACUUGCUCAUGCAUGCUCAGCUGCCUCGCUUGUCAGGGAGUGCCGACCAGAGAAACUAGAGAAAAACAUGACUGUUGAGGAAUUUGAAGAUGAACUACAGGAGGCGAUGUGUCCGUAUCUGACGUGUGAGCGAUACUUUGAACAUCCUGGACUAAGGGGUUACGGCCAUCUUGUCAUUAUCUACUUCAUCGUCAUCAUGUGCAUAUUCGGCGUCGUGUUGCUGAUCUGUUACCUGGCCUUCGACGCUGUGCAGGAAGAGCAGAACUCACACCGGCGCUACUACGUGCGCGUUCCCGAAGACGACAGCGACAACGACUACAACUACAGCGCUGACUACGAUUACGAUAGCGUCACGCGCAGCCCUUUCCACCAGGUGCAGAGCCUGCGCAGCCGCAUACACGCCGCCGGUGACGACACCUAGUGGCGGCUAGUCGAACCAUUACGCUUUCUAGGAUGCUGCAAUGUUGUUGUGAUGUGUGUCCGCAGAGACGAGGAAGAAGAAGGCUCAGACUGCAGUUCAUACCUGACAUACAUGUGUGACUGAAAACGUGUAAGAUGUAACAUGUAAAAUAUGUUGGAAGGGUUUCUUUCAACGCGGAACUAGUCAGUGCAGUGUCUGCAAACAAACGCGGUGUUCACCUGGGCAAGUGAAACACGGUAGGCAAAUUAAAUUAUCUUCGUCGUCAGAUUUAUGUAAUUGUACAGUCGUUCGUCGUCGCAUGGCUUGACGUUUGUUCGCGAUUUCUUUUCGAAAUGCUUUUACACGGGUAUGUUUAUCAGAAUUUUUCAGUAAUUUUAAGUAAUUUCAGUAUUAAGAGAUGUAAUUCGAUAUUUAUGCCUGGAGUUUUAUGACCCGGGACAGCUUAUGUCAGAACUGUCAGUUUGUAAAAAAAUAUUUUGAUAGGAAUCAUGUAGUCAUUGUUAAUGGAAUGAUCUUAAAAUAUAAAUGCAUCGUAUAAAUAAAUGAACUGUGUCACACUGUAUACAGCUAGA